ACAAUGGAAAUAGUAAAUUUGUUUAACAUUGAGUAUCAAGAAGAAAUAAUAGACCUUGUUUAGUAUUAAGGAUAUUUCCACCGUUAUUGUAAAGUGAAAAGUGUAUUGCAUAAAUAUGACUAUAUUUUGGCCAUUACCAUUACUUCUUUAAGCCCCAUUAGCGCUAAAAACUCGUAGCAACCUACCAUUUACCAUCACGAGUUUUACGAAUUUUUUCCAAUAUUUUCAGCUCGACAGUUGACCAAGUUUCGGCAAAAAACAUUGAAUACUCCCUAGAGCGAUCAGAAUAAUUAAUAUUAGCUAUAUGGUAGCUCUGAGCUACAGAACGACUGGACGACACCCGCUGUUCUGGAGAACCGUAUAUUUUGAACAGUAUGAAGGUAGACAAGUUCUAGUCAAGUCCUGUACAACGUAAACUUUCCAUAUACCUCACUGGGUGUCUGCUGUCAUUUUAAUAUAGCAAUGGCAAAUCACUGGCGGUUUAGUUCACAGUAAUUAAAAGGCCUUUGCAUCACAAUGACUGAGAGAAACUAUGGCAGUGUUGACAGUGAGAGUGACUUUGAUGCAAUUGGUACCAUCCGAGUCCUGAGCGCGAAUGCAACGCCGUUUUGCCGCGUAUGCAUGCGUGCUGCACCCGAGGAGAAGCUUGUGCCGCCCCGCAGUGUCUCUGCUCUGGCCAACAUGCUGCAGCUCAACAAUUUAUGGAAAAGAGUGAGAACGCUGGCGCGUGUCAACGCGAGCGUGAGGCGGGUUCGGCCGCGACGCAUGCGCACCACGGAGAUUCUACUCGUCACCAGCAACGAGAUGACGGCGCAGCCGCAGCCGCCGGCGCCGUGCGCAUCGCCCCCCGCGCCGUCGCUGCCGACAUGGCGCCAGGACAUGCAGACGGUGUUCAUAGACGACGACGACGACGACGCGGUCCCCCCCGCCCCCUCCAGGGGCCCGGCACCGCUGCCGCCUCCGGCGCAAUCGCUGGUCUUCGCCCCGACCUUACCGCCCGCGCCGUCUGCAGUCUGCGUUGCCCCUUUCGCGAUGCCCGUUGUGUCCCAACUUACAGUGCCGCCUCAAAGUAUAGCAUUCACGCAGCUGCCGCAGAGUGCACCGGUGAACAUAUUGAUGAGCAACGGCGGUGUGCCACACGUGCUCCUGCUGCCGAACCCAGGGGUGAACGUGAUGAGCCCCAACCCGGCACCCUCGACCACCGUCACGUUCGACGUGGACGCGAUUCAAAGGGUCAACGAAGAGAUGGUGUUGCAGGAAGCGCUCAUUACAAUGAAUCAAGAUUUGCACGAGCAUAAACGGAAAAGAAUGAACUUUGCAAAAGAAACGCGAGAUAACACAAGUGACGUUCCUCUGUGCGUAGUGGCCAACGUUGUUGGAGGGUUCAAAAGCCCUCCACGGAACGCUGAUGCGAAGGAAACGAAGCGGCCGGUGUGCAACAGGGACGAGGUGGACCGGAAAGAAAUAAAGCAGCCGAUGCACAAUGAGGAGAAAGCGGACUGGAUGGAAAUGAAACGGCCAGUGCGCAACGGAGAAAAGGUGGGCUUGGAGGAAACAAAGCAGCCGGUGCGCAACGGGGAAAAGGUGGACUGGGAGGAUAAGAUCCCGAUGGAUGUUAUUUCUUUUAUGGUGAGUGAAAAGCUUCUUUAUGAGUACUGAGAAUAGAA